UGCAAAUCGUUGAAGCACAUAUCACGUGUGACGAGUGUCUGUCGUGUCUUAACAAUUUAACAUAGAAACAGCUUUGGCCGGUUUUAUCUAAUCCAUGUCAAAGACAAUAAUGAAAGUCCACGUUAUACAUACAUCACUAUAAAAGAAUAUGAUGUUUUUCACAUUCCCUUGAUAAAAUUACUUAUACUAAUGCUUUGUAGAUAGAUAUUUACAAGUAGAAGAAACCCUAUUUUCAGAAGCCAUGUAAGAUUAAUUAUGCCGACAGUUAACAAACUUGAAAAUAAAACAAAGUCAAAUUCGCAUCUCAGGGUAAAGUCGAUAAGCUAAGUCAACCCACUUAAUCAUAAAUAAAACAUCGCUCACGCAUCUAUUUAAGUUUUUUUUUGGACGUUUAUCUAUUGAUUUUUAUUAUGCCAGUUGGAAAAUUCGUGUUAGCGUAAAAGAAACAAAUCAUUCUCUUGGAAAAUUUACAGUUUAUUUAAAUCAUUUUGUUAUGUAUGUGUAAUGGAGUGCAAGUACAUAGCUGUUUCGUCCUGUACUUCUGAGUAUUUUCAUAUUCAGUUUGUAGUUAAUAAAUGUUUAUAAUAUUAAUCUUUUUGACCAACCAACAAUAAUAUUGUAUUUAAUUGUAUAUUCUAUCGUCAUAUCCACUACAUUUUGUGUAUUUAUACAGGCGCAGAUAAUCCAAAACAUUUGCAUAUUAUAUCUUUAAACAAUACAAGAAACCUCAAAUCCAAUCCAAACAAAAACCAAAUAUCUUCGUUUGUCUGAAUGGAGAGAAGUUCAAUGAAAGCUGAGUACGAUCUUGAUCAUCUUCCUCAUCAAAGCUUUUAUGGAGAUUAUUCAAAAACUUUGGUUCCCAAGAACAAGAACUCCCAGAUCAUUACCAAGACCAAGCCUAAGAUCCGUAUCAUCCAUAUAUUUGCGCCGGAGAUUAUCAACACUGACGUCAAGAACUUCCGUACACUCGUCCAAAGUCUGACCGGAAAACCGGAGAUCACCAAAACCAGUCCUAAGAAAAAGACAAAUAUUCCUGCGCCACAGCCUCCACCUCAAGAAUCCGGCCAAGAACAUACGGCGGGGCUGGUCAACAGUAUCAUAGGGAGCCACAUGGUGAAAGAAGAAUGGGGAUCAGGUUCGAACACAAACACUUACUUUGAUUUAGAUAGUUUGAUUGAUCUUGACGAAGACGACAACAUAUUCUCAAGUCGAUGGUUUGAUGUUCAAGUGCAAAAACUAAAGUGAUCACACUUUGCCCUAAUAUUUAGGGUUUCUACUAAAAUUGUGAUUCCUAUUGGUUAUUGGGAUGUAAGAAGACAUGGUUGAGACAUUGACCAUCGUGACUCCCAAAUUGAGACAACGAUCAUUGUACCGGCUGGUACGGGCUAUAUACAUAAUUUGUAUAUAUAUAUUUUACAAAUGUUUGGAUUUUUUUGGGUGCCAUUUGAUAUAACUUGGUAGACUGCCUUUGCCAAGAAAGAGUGUGUAUUGAAGAGUUUAACUUAGUGGACUGAUUUUGCCAUGAGAAGUAAGUUUGAGUUUAUGUAAAAACUCAGCUUAAAAUUGGUGUAACACGUUGUACUCACACAUGCGUGUAUUUAUUCUUUUUGAUGUAUUUGUGAUUGACUUUUGUGUUGCACAAGUUUAUAUAUAUGAAAACGCGAGAUGAUUGCUGAUGAUGGAAUUGUUUUGUUUCAUCGUGAAUGAUAAAUAUAUGAUUAUUGGAAUCAAGUAAAAUAAAAGUAACCAAGUGAUCAUGUUCUUUACCGGAUAACUAUAGUAUUCUCUUUACACCAAAAAAAAAAAAACUAUAGUAUUCUCAGUUCUGGAUGUCUGAUAUAUUUGUUCCAAUCUCAAUCAAUAACAUUAUCAGUUUAUUUGUGGAUGACAUAACGAGAACUGUCGUAAAAAUAUAUAAGAUGACAUGUAAUGUUCUUGUAAAUAAUCAUUAAAGCUACCUUCACUAUUUUAAUAGUUGGGUUACAUCAUUCAAUGGUUAUAUUCUUUAUAAAUUAUAAUGGCAAAGUUUACUAUUGGAGAAAUAAGAAUUUCAAACCGUCCAUUC